AUGACCGACCGUUUCGCACGACCAGAAGGUGCCACUGAUGCUCCUUGUGACCCAUACAAAUACUGCGGGGGCUCCUGGGCUGGGAUCAUAGAGAACUUGGAUUACAUCGAGGAGCUUGGCUUUACGGCCAUACAGAUUUCCCCGGUUGUGGAGAACAUCCAUGGUGACACAAAGUACGGCGAGGCAUACCAUGGUUACUGGCCAACUAAUAUUCACUCCUUGAAUGACAAGUUUGGGACUGCUGAGGAUCUUCGGAACCUGGCAAAUGAGCUUCAUGAACGGGACAUGUAUCUCAUGGUUGAUGUUGUGAUCAACGACAUGGCCCAAGCCGUAAAUGGCUCCAUGUUGGAUGAGCCUGCGCCGGAAAUCGACUGGUCUCAGCUGGUUCCAUUCAACGACGAGAAAUAUUACCAUUCUUUUUGCGAGAUAACGGAUUGGGAUGACCCGGAGAUCUAUCAGAAAUGCUGGUUUGCUGCGGAAGGCGUCGCCCUUCCAGACUUGAAGACGGAGGAUGAGACAGUUGCUUUGGCGAUCCAGGAAUGGAUUCAAGAGCUCGUUGGCAACUAUUUCAUUGAUGGUCUUCGCAUCGACGCCGCCAAACAUAUGAAUGACGAAUAUCUGGGCAACUUUACUCAGGCGGCUGGCGUUUUCACAAUGGGCGAGGCAUAUGCGACAAACACGAGCUUGGUUUGCGGAUACCAGGAACUCGUUUCUGGGGUUCUGAACUAUCCUCUUCACGCUCCGAUAAUCCAGGCCUUCACCGCAGGAGAUAUGCCAGGGCUUGCUGACGAGGUUCGUUCAGUACGAGACGAAUGCGAGGAUAUCACUCGUCUGGGAACCUUUGUCGAGAACCAUGAUAUUCCUCGUUUUGCGUCGUUAAUCAAUGACACCACGUUAGCCAAGAACGCAAUGGCCUUUAAUAUACUGUCCGAUGGAAUCCCUAUUGUUUACCAAGGACAGGAGCAGCACAUGACAGGCAAUUACUCGCCCUUUAACCGCGAGGCCCUGUGGAACACUGGCUACAAGAAAGACGGAUCUUUGUUCAACCUGACGGCAACACUGAACAGACUUCGGAACCAUGCUAUCGAAGUCGAUAAUCACUAUGUGACCAGCCGCAGCGAGGAGCUUUACCUGGACGGAUCAACGUACGCCACGCGAAAAGGCACUGAGGGGGCGCAGGUAGUGUCUGUCUUCUCCAAUCAGGGCUCCGACGGCGGCAGAUAUCAACUUGCAUUGAACGGAGGCUUUGCUCCGGGCACUGAAGUCAUCGAAAUACUGGACUGCACCACUAUGGUGGCUAACAAUGCAGGCAAUAUCACGGUGGACAUGGACGCUGGGGAACCUAGGGUCUUCUUUCCCAUUCAGAGCAUGAAGAAUUCCGGUCUAUGUGGGUUCCGCCAUGAAAAAAAGUCGACACCAAAUAGCUCGAGUGGUUCUAAGAAUAGGGGCGAUCCGAACAAGAAGGCCUCUUCGACAGGUCACCGUGAGUCGGUACCGGUUCUGCCCGUGGUUCUAUGUGCAUUUGCAGCUGUCAGGUGGAUUCUGUAG